GAGGUGUGUUCCCCUGGUUUCUUUACUCAUGCUUACCACACAACAAGUGCUGACAACGGGUGAACAGACGCACAUACACCACAACGUCCAAAGUACAUGUGAGCUCAGACAGAGCCUUGUGCUGCAUUUCUUUUCUCUUUUUGUGUUCACAGGCGUUCAGAAGACUAUUGAGAGGAGAUUUCAGCCGGACAGAAAGAUCUCCUCCCAUGAGGGAACACUGUCGUGAUGGCGGAUGGAUCUGAAUUUGACCUGGACUACAUUACGGAGCGUAUCAUUGGCAUCACCUUCCACUACUCCUGCACAGAGCAGAUGUACCAGCACAACCUGCACAGCAUCACGCAGAUGCUGCAGUCCAAACAUGCGGAUCGAUACAUGGUCAUUAACUUAUCCGAACACAAUGAUGAUCUCAGCAGGAUGAACUACAGGGUGGUGGAUUUGGGAUGGCUGGAACGACAAGCUCCAUCGCUUCAUCUGCUGUGUUCAGUGUGUAAAAACAUGGACAACUGGCUUAGGGCACACUCUGAAAAUGUGCUGCUGCUACACUGCAAAGGCAGCAAAGACAGAGUGGGUGUGGUGAUAUCCUCUUACAUCCAGCUCUCUAAUGUUUCCACCAGUGAGGAACUUGCAUUAGAUCUCUACUCCAUGAAGAAGUUCUGCGGUGAUAAAAUGGUUAACCUUAUGACUCCAUCUCAGAAAAGGUAUGUGCAGGUGUUUGGCAGACUCCUUACCCAUCAGAUCCGCCUAAACUCUUCCCCGCUUUUCAUCCAUUGCAUUAAUAUCCAUCCCAUUCCUGACUUCCACCCUACAGUGUGUCAGCUGUUUAUCAGAGUGUAUCAAGACACACAGACAGUUUACACAUCAGGAGUGCAUCAGGUUGCAGUAGGUCAGACAGACAGAGUGUGUUUUGCUCUGGAACCCCCACAGAUGCUUAAAGGUGAUUUCAUGAUUGUGUGCUAUCAUAAAAAUGAUUCCAUGAGGACUCAUGAGACCGUGUUUGGUGUGCAGUUCCACACCGGAACUCUGUGUGGAGACCAACUUUCCUUGCAGAAAGAAGACCUUGAUUAUGCAAACAAAGACCCAAGAUUCCCAGAGGACAGUGUGGUGAAGCUGCUCUUUUCAGAAAUUGCAGACAGAGACCCAUCCCUUGCUUCAGAUUGUGGCCACUGGAGGAACAGUUCAGCAGUUAUCAUUGAAAAUGACCCUCUGGAUUCACUACAGGCUCAAUGGGACUUCACUGAAAAUCUUACAGAAGCAGCCAAUCAAAAAGAAGGUGCACGCUCUCUGAGCAGUGACUCUGGACUCUCCAGCUCCUCCCAGUGGACUGGAGGACAAACCUCUGGGCUCCCAAUCAGCUACAGCUCCGAGGAGCAUCCCCAGCUCCCCAGAGAAAUCCCUGGGCUCAGAAUGGAGGAGGAACAAGCUUCUCCAGGCAUCACGAAACAUGACCCUAAAGCCACUCAAGCUACUUUUGAUCAUUCCAGUCAUUUAAAUGGUGAAACAAUGUUCCUAGAACGAGAGACGGAUAUUAUAGAUGAUGACGAUGACAUCAUCGCUCUGAAUGCUGCUGUUUUAGACUCUAAAGACACACUGUCUUCAAAGGAAAUGUCUGGCUUGUCUUCAGGUGAAUGUCAGAACUCUGUCCAAUCAAAUGAUUGUCAAAGUGAAGCUCCUCCUGCCAUAUUUAGAAAUGUUAAUUCCUCAAACACACUCUCACACACUUCAGUAACUUCUGGAUAUCAGACACAUAUAUGGGUAAAACAGCAACAGUCCACGUCUUACAUGCACACUCCAUCAGACAGACUGGAUCACAGAGAGGAGAUGGAGCUCCAAAAAAGUGCAAGCAAACCUUCAUUACCAGACAGUGGCUUUCCGGAGAUUCAGUCUGAGCCGAACAAGGAUGAUGAGUUUGCUACACUGGCUUUGGAUGUUGAUCAGUCAAUCGAACAGCUCAAUCAGCUGAUCCUGGACCUUGACCCUGACUUUGAACCAAUCACCACACAGGCAAAGUGUCACAUGACCCACUCGGCCUCCCUUGAGACCAAUGGAAAGACGCAUUUGGUUGGAAGGGCCAAAUUCCUCCAGUCAGGUUGGAGGCAGAAACAGCUCAGUGAUGUCUCUGAAUACUCUAUGCUGCAAAAGCGAGGUCUAUAUCACAGUGGUGCUGUUGAUAUUGGUGACUUUCCUACAGAGGUUGACAGUCCACUGAGGGUGGGUCUUAAUCAAGUUCUGCCCACACCGACAUUUCCUGUGACACCCCCCACUCCAUAUGUGAAGAGUGGACAUGACACCAUCCCUUCAAGACCUGGUUCUCAAGCCACUAGACACUACAAUAGCUCUCCAAUAUGGCAAGAGUCGCGAGGAUACGUGGACAGCAUGACACAUACAUCUAUGUCAUCCGACGGAGAGCUCUUCCAUUCUGAUGUCACAGGAAGUCCUGCCUCCUGUCAGAGGAUGUUUGGAUCUAUGCACUCUAUGUCCACCCCCAGCCCAUUGGUCAACACAGACAGUCCCACCCCAGCUCAUUCCUGGUUAGAGGGUGGAUCCAGCACCCCUUUGAGUCAUUACACCCCUCAACCCUCUCCACCCCUCACCCUCUCUGCCCCCAACUCCCACAGCUCCCCUCGUGGAGCCCCCCGCGGCCUGUCCUCCACUCUGGAUGUCGGGGGACUGGAGAGCAGCCUGCUGGAGGCGGUGGAGGGUCUCGAGGCUCUGGGUCUGGAUGUGGCUCAGCCUCCCCUUCUGCCCCUGAAGAGACGAGGGACUGAAGAUUCAGAGACCAUGUUCCCGCUCAACCGGAUUGCAGUCAGCACGUCCUAUACCAGUCACAACACCUCACCUACCAGAUCUACACCAAGUCCAGAUUUUAUGGCCAGUAAACCAGAAAAUGUGAAGUUCGUUCAAGAUACGUCAAAGUUUUGGUACAAGCCAGACAUCUCAAGAGAGCAAGCUAUUGCCGUUCUCAAGGAUAAAGAGCCGGGCUCCUUCAUCAUCAGAGACAGUCACUCAUUCAGAGGAGCUUACGGAUUGGCUAUGAAGGUGGCCACGCCCCCACCCUCUGUUCUACAGCAAAGCAGAAAAAUGGGUGAUCUGUCCAAUGAGCUUGUGCGGCAUUUCCUGAUCGAGUGCACGCCGAAAGGAGUGCGGUUAAAAGGCUGCCCAAAUGAACCUUAUUUUGGAAGUCUCACAGCUUUGGUGUGUCAGCAUUCAAUCACACCCUUGGCUUUACCAUGCAGACUCAUCAUCCCAAACAGAGAUCCUCUAGAGGAGUUCAAUGAAACGUCAUCGCAGACAUCUACAAACUCUGCAUCAGAGCUACUCAAACAGGGAGCAGCGUGUAACGUGUGGUUCCUGGGAAGUGUGGAUCUGGAGUCUCUGACAGGAGUUCAAGGUGUUCAGAAGGCCACCACUGUGAUUUUCACUAUGGAUCCACCAACCACAUCCACCGUCGUCCACUUUAAAGUGUCUGCACAGGGAAUCACCCUCACGGACAACCAGAGAAAAUUGUUCUUCAGGAGACACUAUGCUGUCAACACAGUGAUAUUCUGUGCCCUGGAUCCUCAGGACAGGAAGUGGACACGGGACGGCUGCACAGCUGCAAAGAUCUUUGGCUUCAUUGCGAGGAAAAGCGGGAGCAGCACAGAGAAUGUGUGUCACCUGUUUGCCGAACACGACCCCGAGCAGCCCGCCAGUGCUAUUGUCAACUUUGUCUCUAAGGUGAUGAUCGGCUCUCAGAAGGCCAAAUAGAAAAAUCAUAAGCAGAGAUUCCUGCUGAACUGCGAAGGGGACAGACUCUACAUCCUUCAUUUCAAAUGUUGACGAGGAAACUGAAUUUACUGUUUCGCUACUGUUAUGUGACCGCUUUUACUUGCUGAUGGUGUAGAGACAGUGAAACGUCAGUAUUGGAAUGGAUGAAACUUUAUUUUAUGUUGGAUUCUCCCAGUUUUUUGGACAAGAUACACAGGGAUGUCGCUAAAACUUAAACUUCAACCCUUUCACAAGGCCCGGGACAACAUUCCCAACUGUCCCACCUGAUGACGAGCAUAAAAAAUCCAUUCCACAGGAAGUCUUUGAAAUCUAUGCAGCACUGUUGCAUCACAUGUCCAGAAGAGGGCGCCACACGUCUUCAGCUCAUUCUCGCACUGCCAUAAACACAGUCUGCUCCCAAGCAAACUUAACAGCCUAAAAGGAAAAACAACUUACUACCUUUUUUUUUUUCUUUCUUUCUUUUUCACUAUUUUGUUUGCAGUAUUUCUGAGGUCCUCGGAUUCGUUUGGAAAUAAAAAUGAUUGAGGAGUAAAUGUAGAUUCAUUUCCAUGUUGUGUCUGGGCACAUGCAUCCACAAGAUGCAGACCAAAGAGCAUUUUGCAUAUCAAUUUACAAAAUGUAAAUGUUUUUGGUUUUAUAUAUGUGUAUACAUUAUCAAAUACUACUUUUAACAUUUUUUAUAGCUCAAAAUAUUCAAUAGUUGUUUAUCUCUGUAUUUGUUUAUAAGUGCCGAGCUAACAUUUUCAGUCAAUGCCAAGUGGUUUCCUUAAAAAGCAUAUUGGCUUUGAAUUUGUUUAUAUAUUUGGAAAUAUUUAUCAUGUAACUCAUAUUCUGUGUAUACUCAUCUCUUACUCAUCUAUGCAGCAUGAGAGUUAAGCCAUCUAAUUUUGAUAGAUCACCUCAUUUAAGGUAAACAUUUUUUUUUUUUUUUUUGUACUGAAAAGUGCGUAAAUGCUUGAUCAAAGAGGAUUUUACAGUAAAUGUUUCACUUGGAAUUCAUCUGAAUCAGACAAAUGUGCCUGUGCCACUACUUCUUCUUCUUUAAGAAGCAAGGACCAUGUUUUCAUCACAAAAGCUAUUCUGUACUUUCCUUGUACUGUCUAACACAUGGGUUUAUUUGUAAAUGAAUGAUUUAUGGACUGUAUACAGGCACAGAAUACAAUAUUAAAGAAAUUGUACGGUACUAAAAUGA